GGGGGCGGCUCCUCCCCUGGCCCCGCCGCCGUCGGUCGGGUCGCUGGGCUGGGCGCCGCCGCGGGAGCCUCAGCCUUUUCCGGGGGGCGGGCCCCGCUCCUGCCCCGACAGGUGCGCACCGCGUGCAGGAAUGCGGCGGGCCUGACUCACCAGCGCCUCCUUCCUACCUGCCGCCGCCCCAUAAAGCGGUCCCUCCCCUCCCUGCCGCCCGCCCUCGGGACAGUCCGGCUCUCCGCGCGCCUGCCGCCCAGCCGCCGAGCGGAGCCCACUGCGGGGGAGGGCGGAGGAGGAAGAGGAUGGCGGGGCCGAGCGCCAGCCCCUGGGCCAGGCUGCUGCUGGCAGCCGUGCUUAUCGCCAGCUUCUCCGGGGACAUGGCCAACCGCUGCAAGAAGGCCCAGGUGAAGAGCUGCACCGAGUGCAUCCGUGUGGCCAAGGACUGCGCCUACUGCACUGACGAGACAUUCCUUGAACGGCGCUGCAACACCCAGGCCGAGCUGCUGGCCGCGGGCUGCCGGCUGGAGAGCGUGGUGGUCAUGGAGAGCAGCUUCGAGAUCACCGAGGAGACGGAGAUCGACACCACCCUGCACCGCAGCCAGGUGUCGCCCCAGGCGCUGCGGGUCCGCCUGCGGCCGGGCGAGGAGCAGCACUUCGAGCUGCAGGUGUUCGAGCCGCUGGAGAGCCCCGUGGACCUGUACAUCCUCAUGGACUUCUCCAACUCCAUGUCGGACGAUCUGAACAACCUCAAGCAGAUGGGCGAGCGCCUGGCCGAGGUCCUGCGGAGCCUCACCAGAGACUACACGAUCGGCUUCGGCAAGUUUGUGGACAAAGUCAGCGUCCCCCAGACGGACAUGAGGCCGGAGAAGCUGAAGGAGCCCUGGCCCAACAGCGACCCCCCCUUCUCCUUCAAGAACGUCAUCAGGCUGACCCAAGACGUGGAUGAGUUCCGGAAUAAGCUGCAGGGAGAGCGGAUCUCAGGCAACCUGGACGCCCCCGAAGGCGGUUUUGACGCCAUGCUGCAGACGGCCGUGUGCACGAGGGACAUCGGCUGGCGCCCGGACAGCACCCACCUGCUGGUGUUCUCCACCGAGUCGGCCUUCCACUACGAGGCCGACGGUGCCAACGUGCUGGCCGGCAUCCUGAGGCGGAAUGACGAGGAGUGCCACCUGGACGCCACGGGCACCUACACCCAGUACAAGACGCAGGACUACCCCUCCGUGCCCACCCUGGUGCGCCUGCUGGGCAAGCACAACAUCAUCCCCAUCUUCGCCGUCACCAACUACUCCUACAGCUACUACGAGAAGCUGCACACGUAUUUCCCCGUGUCCUCGCUGGGCGUGCUGCAGGAGGACUCGUCCAACAUCGUGGAGCUGCUGCGGAAGGCCUUCGACAACAUCCGCUCCAACCUGGACAUCCGGGUCCUGGACAUCCCCCGCGGCCUGCGGGCCGAGAUCACCAGCAGGAUCCCGAAGACGAAGUCUGGGUCCUUCCACAUCCAGCGAGGAGAAGUGGGCACCUACCAAGUCCAGCUGCGGGCCAUCGAGGACGUGAACGGGAUGCAUGUGUGCCAGCUGCCGGAGAAUGACAAGAGGGGCCACAUCCACGUGAAGCCUUCCUUCUCCGACGGCCUCAGGAUGGACGCAGAGAUCAUCUGUGAUGUGUGCUCCUGCGAGCUGCAAAAAGAGGUGCAGUCACCUUACUGCAGCGGCCACGGGGACUUCAUGUGCGGGCACUGUGUGUGCUACGAGGGCUGGAGCGGCAAGACCUGCAGCUGCUCCACGGGCUCCCAGAGCGACACCGUCCCCUGCCUGCGGGACGGGGAGGACAAGCCGUGCUCCGGCCGAGGCGAGUGCCAGUGCGGGCGCUGCGUGUGCUACGGGGACGGCCGCUACGAGGGCCAGUUCUGCGAGUACGACAACUUCCAGUGCCCCCGCACCUCCGGGGUCCUCUGCAACGACCGGGGACGCUGCUCCAUGGGCCAGUGUGUGUGUGAGCCGGGCUGGACGGGCCCAAGCUGCGACUGUCCCCUCAGCAAUGCCACCUGCAUCGACAGCAACGGGGGCAUCUGUAACGGGCGCGGCCACUGCGAGUGUGGCCGCUGCCACUGCAACCAGCAGUCCCUCUACACAGACAGCAUCUGCGAGAUCAACUACUCGGCGGUGCGGCUGGGGCUCUGCGAGGACCUGCGCUCCUGCGUGCAGUGCCAGGCCUGGGGCACGGGCGAGAAGAAGGGGCGCUCGUGCGAGGACUGCCGCUUCAAGGUCAAGAUGGUGGACGAGCUUAAGAGAGCGGAGGAGGUGGUGGAGUUCUGCUCCUUCCGGGACGAGGACGACGACUGCAACUACAGCUACACCGUGGAGGGCGACGGCAGCCCCGGGCCCAACAGCACCGUCCUGGUGCACAAGAAGAAGGACUGCCCUCCCCGCUCCUUCUGGUGGCUCAUCCCCCUGCUCAUCUUCCUCCUGCUGCUCCUGGCGCUGCUGCUGCUGCUGUGCUGGAAGUACUGUGCCUGCUGCAAGGCCUGCCUGGCGCUUCUCCCUUGCUGCAACCGAGGUCACAUGGUGGGCUUCAAGGAGGACCACUACCUGCUGCGGGAAAACCUGAUGGCCUCGGACCACCUGGACACACCCAUGCUGCGCAGCGGGAACUUCAAGGGGGUGGACAGGGUCCGCUGGAAGGUCACCAACAAUGUGCAGCGGCCUGGCUUCGCCACCCACACGGCCAGCACCAACCCCACGGAGCUGGUGCCCUAUGGGCUGUCCCUGCGCCUCGCACGCCUUUGCACCGAGAACCUGCUGAAGCCUGAAACCCGGGAGUGCGACCAGCUGCGCCAGGAGGUGGAGGAGAACCUGAACGAGGUGUACAGACAGAUCCCCGGCUCGCACAGGCUCCAGCAGACCAAGUUCCGGCAGCAGCCCAACGCCGGGAAGAAGCAGGACCACACCAUUGUGGACACGGUGCUGAUGGCGCCCCGCUCCGCCAAGCAGUCCCUGCUGAAGCUGACGGAGAAGCACGUGGCCCAGGGGGCCUUCCACGAGCUCAAGGUGGCCCCCGGCUACUACACCCUCACUGCGGACCAGGAUGCCCGGGGCAUGGUGGAGUUCCAGGAGGGCGUGGAGCUGGUGGAUGUCCGGGUGCCCCUCUUCAUCCGGCCCGAGGAUGACGACCAGAAGCAGCUGAUGCUGGAGGCCAUCAACGUGCCCGUGGGUACUGCCACCCUCGGCCGCCGCCUGGUAAACAUCACCGUCAUCAAGGAGCAAGCCACCGGGAUCGUGUCCUUCGAGCAGUCCGAGUACCUGGUCAGCGGCGGGGAGCCCGUGGCCCGCAUCCCCAUCGUGCGGCGCAUCCUGGACAACGGCAAGUCCCAGGUCACCUACCGCACCCAGGACAACACGGCGCAGGGCAAACGGGACUACGUCCCCACGGAGGGCGAGCUGCUGUUCCAGCCCGGGGAGACCUGGAAGGAGAUCCAGGUGAAGCUCCUGGACCUGCAAGAGAUGGACUCCCUCCUGCGGGGCCACCAGGUCCGCCGCUUCCACGUCCACCUCAGCAACCCCAAGUUUGGGGCCCGCCUGGGCCAGCCCCACUCAGCCACUGUCAUCAUCGGGGACCGAGAUGACCUGGAGCAGAACUUCAAGAGCCAGACCCUGUCAAGGCUCACAGGCGCUCACAGUGACCUGGGUGCCCCACAGAACCCCAAUGCCAAAGCUGCGGGGUCCCGGAAGAUCCACUUCAACUGGCUGCCCCCUUCUGGCACACCGACUGGGUACAGGGUGAAGUACUGGAUCCAGGGUGACUCAGAGGCCGAAGCCCACCUGCUGGACAGCAAGGUGCCCUCAGUGGAGCUCACCAACUUGUACCCGUACUGCGACUACGAGAUGAAGGUGUGCGCCUACGGGGCGCAGGGCGAGGGCCCCUACAGCCCCCUGGUGUCCUGCCGCACCCACCAGGAAGUACCCAGUGAGCCCGGGCGCCUGGCGUUCAACGUGGUAUCCUCCACUGUGACCCAGCUGAGCUGGGCGGAGCCCGCCGAGACCAACGGCGAGAUCACGGCCUACGAGGUCUGCUACGGCCUGGUCAACGAGGACAACCGACCCAUCGGGCCCAUGAAGAAGGUGCUGGUGGACAGCCCCAAGAAGCGGAUGCUGCUCAUCGAGAACCUGAAGGAGUCGCAGCCGUACCGCUACACCGUGAAGGCGCGCAACGGGGCGGGCUGGGGGCCCGAGCGGGAGGCCAUCAUCAACCUGGCCACCCAGCCCAAGCGGCCCAUGUCCAUCCCCAUCAUCCCCGACGUCCCCAUCGUGGACGCCCAGAGCGGGGGCGACUAUGACAGCUUCCUCAUGUACAGCGACGACGUGCUACGCUCGCCAGGCGGCAGCCAGAGGCCCAGCGUCUCCGACGACACCGGCGCCACCUGGAAGUUCGAGCCCCUGCUCGGGGAGGAGCUGGACCUGCGGCGCGUCACGUGGCGGCUGCCCCCGGAGCUCAUCCCGCGCCUGUCGGCCAGCAGCGGGCGCUCCUCCGACGCCGCCGAGCCGCCCCGCGGGCCCCCGGAAGACGGCGCCGAAGGGGGCGCGGGGGCCGCGGUGGCGGAGGGCGGCGGCUCGGCUCGCAGCGCCACGCCGGGGCCCCACGGAGAUCACCUGGUAAACGGGCGGAUGGACUUCGCCUUCCCGGGCAGCGCCAACUCCCUGCACAGGAUGACCACGGCCAACGCCGCCUAUGGCACCCACCUGAGCCCGCACCUGUCUCACCGGGUGCUGAGCACGUCCUCCACCCUCACCAGGGACUACCACUCGCUGACCCGCACGGAACACUCCGGCACGCUGCCCAGGGACUACUCCACCCUCACGUCCCUGUCCUCAACCAGCUCCCGCAUGGCUGCUGGUGUGCCCAACACGCCCACCCGCCUGGUGUUCUCGGCCCUGGGGCCCACGUCUCUGAAAGUGAGCUGGCAGGAGCCGCAGUGUGAGCAGGCGCUGCAGGGCUACAGCGUGGAGUAUCAGCUGCUGAACGGCGGCGAGCUGCACCAGCUCACCAUCCCCAGCCCCAGCCAGACGUCCGUGGUGGUGGAGGACCUGCUGCCCAACCAUUCCUACGCGUUCCGGGUGAGGGCGCGGAGCCAGGGCGGCUGGGGCCCCGAGCGCGAGGGCGUCAUCACCAUCGAGUCGCAGGUGCACCCUCAGAGCCCGCUCUGCCCCCUGCCAGGCUCCGCCUUCACGCUGAGCACGCCCAGCGCCCCGGGCCCACUGGUGUUCACCGCCCUGAGCCCAGAUUCCCUGCAGCUGAGCUGGGAGCGGCCGCGCAGGCCUGACGGGGACAUCCUGGGCUACCUGGUGACCUGCGAGAUGGCCCACGGAGGAGAGCCCGCCACCACGUUCCUGGUGGACGGCGACAGUCCUGAGAGCAGGCUGACCGUGCCGGGCCUCAGCGAGAACGUGCCCUACAAGUUCAAGGUGCAGGCCAAGACCACCCAAGGCUUUGGGCCCGAGCGUGAGGGUAUCAUCACCAUUGAGUCCCAGGAUGGAGGCCCCUUCCCGCAGCUGGGCAGCCACUCCGGGCUCUACCAGCACCCGCUGACAGGCGAGUACAGCAGCAUCACCACCACCCACAGCAACACCACCGAGCCCUUCCUCCUGGAUGGACUAACCCUGGGGUCCCAGCACCUGGAAGCAGCUAGCUCCCUCACCCGGCACGUGACCCAGGAGUUCGUGAGCCGCACGCUGACCACCAGCGGGACCCUCAGCAGCCAGGUGGACCAGCAGUUCUUCCAGACCUGAGCUCCCCAACCCCAGCCCGGCUCUGUCCAGAGCCUGGGCCCCCACUGCCUGCUCCCCUCGCCUCAGCUGCACUGUUCUUGGACCCCUAGUGGCCCCGUCCACCCGCAUGCUAGUCAUGGAGCCAGCGCCUCUUGGGGGCACACGUCCUCUGGGAGGCACGGAGGGGACCUCUGGCUGCCCGUCCACCCUUCCCAAGCACGCCUGUAACCACAGAGCUGGGGCCAGCAUGACAAGGACCCUGCUUUGUUCCGCACUUAAUACAAGAUUUUGCUACCA